AUGGUGAUUUUCAUAACUGUUUCAAUUUUGGGCCUGGCGCUGGGAGGCCUGAAAGACGAGACGGUUCACAAAGAGAUCGACGAAAAAGGCGGAGAAAUGGAACUCAAAAACGGCGCCAAGGUCAUCGUCGAGAAAAAAGACGUAAUCGACAGGAAAUCGUUUUCUUUCGCGGUUUUGCCAUCUGGCUCGGUUUUCAAUGGGAAAUUGGAACACGCCGCGGGCGAAGAUUAUUUGGCCCAGAGCUUUACUUUCAACAACGGUCUCAUAAGAAGAGCGAUGACUUCCCCAGUCGUUCUCCAAAAAAGCACGCGCAACAAAAACUUCGAUCCUCUGGGAACAGCGACUUCCGGAAACAGCAGCAAAGUGUGGGACUAUCACAACGAAACCGAAGCCGUGGGGGAGUACAUGACCGACUAUUAUCUUCUCAAGCCGCAGAGAAACUUCAAUCGGCCGAUUACUGUACUUUUGCCGAUCAAGCACGAGUUGAAGAGAAACUUUACUUAUCACGUGUUCGUCGUCAGCCAAGAAUUCUCGCACCACGCGCCAGAACUGUCGACAGAACACGUGGAGCACUUUUUCGUAGAAGGCUGGGGCUUCAUCAACUCGAGAGAAGGCUCGAUCGAGCUUUCCGGCGGCUUUUUAAAGUUCGAAACGGCGAUGGGCGGCUUGUUCGUCGCCGCCCAGUUCCGCGCAGAAAACGAUCCAUAUGCGCUGGUCGGCGUCGCCAAGCCAUCUGCUGGACGGCGCUUUGGCCUUGCUCUCGUCAUCAUCUGUUUGAUCGUCUUGAGUGCAGUACUCGUCUACCGCUUCGGCUUCAGGAACAACGUCAAAUUCACGGCGCCGCCGGCGCUCGCGCAAACUUUCAAUUAUCUGUCCUGGCGAAAACUGACGACAAGCAAUGCAGUAGUGUAA